AUGUCAGAUUUAGAGUGGAAGAACAACAACGAGAACCGAAAUUGGAAGUUGAUGACGGCAUCUUGCUCCCCCGAUCUUCAUAUCCACGUAAAGGGUGUUCCAUUUCAUCUUCACAAAGAAGUGUUAGCAAAGAGAUCGGCGAAAGUGAGCAUAUUACUUGAGCGAAACGAGAUCGAUGAGCUGCGUUAUAUUCUACGAGAUUUAGAAGCUGAACCAGCAACCUUCGAGCUCAUUGCUGGAUUCUGUUAUGGCGACGAAGUCAAGUUCUCGUCUGAUAACAUCGUCUCUGUCCUCUGCGUCGCGUAUUACUUAGGGAUGAACGAAGAACACAGCUCUGAUAACUUGUUGAGUAAGGCAUCUAAGUUCUUAGAAACACGAGUUUUGCCCUGCUGGAACGAGACCGUAAAUGCUCUUCGUUCAGGGGACAAGAGUCUCGACAAACUAGCCGAUGUUGGACUCGUGGAUCUCUUCUUCGACUCUCUCAUCGGUAAAGCUUCCUACGAUCCAAGAAUCCUCGGUGAACCAAUCAAGAACGGAGAGGAAACCAAUGACUAUAGACCUAACCCUAGGAGAAGAUUGUUCACUAUCGAUUGGAAAUCUGAAGAUUUGAUCACAGUCCCUCUUCGUCUAUACGAACCUUUGAUGAUCAGAGCAAUGAAAUCACGCAGCAUUCCUAUAGAAUACAUCGUUUCAUCAAGCUUCAAAUACGCGAAGAAGUGGGUUUUCGACGGAGAAGAAAGCAUUUCAGGGCAAAGGAGAAAAGCUAUUGAAGCGGUUGAGAGGCUUUUGCCUCAUCAGAGAGGGCUAGUCUCUUGCGAGUUCUUAUUCGAAUCGCUAAAACAUUCAAUCUGGUUAGAAGCUAGCUCUCAGUGUCGAAAUGGAUUCGAGAUCAGAAUCAGCAAACAGCUCGACUUGGCUAAACCAACGGAUCUCAAGAUUCUAUCCCGAGGCUACGGAGAAAAAGGUGAGAGUUUCGAAGAUAUCGAGCUUGUGAAAACCGUCGUCAAGAGCUUUUACGGUAACUACACCAGUGAAGACACUGAAGAUGUUUCCCAUUUCUUGAGAGUAGCGAAACUGCUAGAAGAGUUUCUGUUCUUGGCUGCGUGUGAGGAUUCUCUGAAGCUCGAGGCAUUUGUGGAGUUAGCGGAGAUCACAGUGGCUACUUCGCAAGGUGUUUUGAGAUAUUCAGAUGGGAUUUAUAAAGCCAUUGAUGUUUUCUUGAAGAGCCAUAGAUACUUGACUGAAUCUGAGAAGAUGGAAGCUUGUAAAGUUCUUGAUUGUAAGAAACUCUCUCAAGAAGGAUGCGAGCGAGCCGCGAAAAACCAGAGGCUUCCUCUGAGAAUUGUUGUUCAGGUUUUGUUUGUUUCUCAGCUUCAGAUACGCGAUACAGUGGCUAAAGAGAUUAAGGGUAUUGAAGAAACAGAAGAACAAGAAGAAGAAAUUGGGGUUUCGAGCGACGAGGAUGAGAUGGAGAAGAUGAGUAAUAAGCUGUUAGGGCUUGAGAUUGAGAAUCAUGAAUGUGUUGUUCAUCGUUGGAAGAAGACAAAGAAGAAGUCAAGUGUGUGGAGAGAAGUGAAGAGGAAAUUUGGUUGCUUGACUUCUUCUUCUUCUUCUUCAGCUGAUGCUUGCACCUGUGAUGUCAAGAGGAAGAAGAAGAAGAAGUUUCAUCAUCCAUACAAAUAA